CGUUCCACUGAGUUCCCUUGUUGCUCCCUGCCCUCCCUCAGGUAUAAUCUGGCCUGCCACCGCCUGGAGACCCUGCUGCAGAGCAUCGACCUGCCGCCCCUCAACAGCGCCAACAACGCCCAGUACUUCCUGCGCAAGCCCGACAAGGCGGUGGAGGAGGACCAGCGCGUCUUCUCGGCGUAUCAGGACUGCGUGCAGCUGCAGCUGCAGCUCAACCUGGCUCACCACGCCGUGCAGAGGCUGCGCGUGUCGCUGGGCGCCAACCGCAAGGUGCUGCCCGACAUCUACGACGCCCGCGAGCUCGUCCACAGCUCGUCCACGGAGCAGCUCCGCACGGUGAUCCGCUACCUGCUGGACACCCUCCUCAGCCUUCUGCACACCUCCAACGGUCACUCAGUUCCCUCGGUUCUGCAGAGCACGUUCCACGCGCAGGCGUGCGAGGAGCUGUUCAAGCACCUGUGCAUCAGCGGCACGCCCAAGAUCCGCCUGCACACGGGGCUACUUCUGGUGCAGCUGUGUGGGGGAGAGCGCUGGUGGGGCCAGUUCCUCUCCAACGUGCUGCAGGAGCUCUACAACUCUGAGCAAGUGCUCAUCUUUCCCCAGGACAGGGUGUUCAUGCUGCUGUCCUGUAUCGGCCAAAGAUCUCUGAGUAACAGCGGGGUUCUGGAGGGGCUUCUCAACCUGCUGGACUCCCUGCUCUCGCCCCUGCAGCAGCCCUCCAGCCACCAGCUGCGCCGCACUGACGGUGUGCUGGACAUCCCCAUGAUCAGCUGGGUGGUGAUGCUGGUGUCUCGUCUGCUGGAUUACGUUGCCAGUGUGGAGGACGAGGCCACUUCCAAGAAGGGAGGGAAGGACCGGGAGAGGACCUUCACAGGAAACCAGUGGAGCUUCAUCAACAACAGCCUUCAGUCCCAGAACAUGAACCGAUCAACCAAAGGCAACAGCAGCUUAGACCGCCUAUACUCCCGCAAGGUCCGCAAACAGCUGGUCCACACCAAACAGCAGUUAAAUUUGUUGAAAGCCAAACAGAAAGCUUUGAUGGAGCAAAUCGAGAAGGAGAAGAUCCAGAGCAACAAGAGCUCCUCGUACAAGCUCCUGGUCGAGCACGCCAAGCUCAAGCAAGCCACGUCUAAGCACUUUAAGGACCUGAUCCGUCUGAGGCGGACUGCCGAGUGGCCGCGCUCGUCCCUGGACACGGAGGCGGCGGCGGCGGCCGCAGCCAAGGAGGCUCCGGAGGUGGAGCUGCUGCCCUUCACCCUGUCCCACGAGCGCUGCAUCUCCGUGGUGCAGAAGCUGGCCCUCUUCCUGCUCUCCAUGGACUUCACCUGCCACGCCGACCUGCUGCUGUUUGUCUGCAAGGUGUUGGCGCGGAUAGCGAACGCCACGCGGCCGACCAUCCACCUGUGUGAGGUGGUGUCGGAGCAGCAGCUGGAGAGGCUGCUGCUGCUGCUGGUGGGCACGGACUUCAACCGCGGGGACAUCUCCUGGGGCGGCGCCUGGGCACAGUACUCCCUCACCUGCAUGCUGCAGGACAUCCUGGCAGGGGAGCUGCUGGCCCCCGGGUCUCUGGAGGGCAUGGACGAGGGGGGGGCCAUGGGGGAGGAGGCAGGGGCUGCGGCAGCGUGCGCGUCGGCGUGCGCAGGGGCCGAGCCCGAGGAGGCCCUGGCCCAGCCCUCGCCCCUCCCCCUGGUGGAGAGCAUCGACGAGGCCCUGGCCCCCGAUCUCAUCGCAGGUGCUCCACCUCUAUCAUCUUUGGAAAAAGAUAAAGACAUAGACUUUGACUUGCUACAAGACCUGAUGGAUGUUGAUAUUGAUCCUUUAGAUAUUGAUUUGGAAAAAGACCCCCUCGCCGCCAAAGUUUUUAAGCCAAUUGGCAGCACCUGGUAUGACUACUGGGGUGCUGACUAUGGCACCUAUAACUAUAACGCCUAUGUAGGGGGCGCAGGGAUACCUGUGUCCAAGCCUCCGGCUGCCGCCGAGAAGCCUGGGCCUCAAAGCCUAUCAGUGUCUGUCUCACAAGCUCUAGAUGCUCGUCUAGAGGUGGGUUUGGAACAGCAGGCUGAGCUCAUGCUGAAGAUGAUGGCCACGCUGGAGGCAGACUCUAUACUACAGGCCCUCACCUCCACCUCCCCCACUGUGGUCCAGUCCUCUAACGGGACGGACGAUUCCCUGCUGCGGGGGCUACACAGCUCCCCCCCUGGCAGCAGUCUAAUGGUGCAGCCCUCCUCCAUCCCCAUGCUGAGUGCCUGCUUCAACAAGCUCUUCUCCAUGCUGCAGGUGCAUCACGUCCAGCUGGAGUCUCUGCUGCAGCUCUGGCUGACCCUCAGCCUGAACUCAUGUCCGGGCGGCUCGGAUGAUACCGGCUCGGACAUCUUCCUGUUCAACGCCAGCCGCGUGCCCACCAUUCCCCUAAACCAAGCCUCCAUUAGUAGUUUCCUCACAGUGCUGGCCUGGUACCCCAACACCUCGCUGAGGACCUGGUGCCUGGUGCUGCACAGCCUCACCCUCAUGACCAACAUGCCCUCCAGUGCCUCCAGUAGUGGGAUGGGCGGCCACGAUAGCACGGCCCAGCAGAUGGUGUCAGAGCUCACGCUCGUCCCUGUCCUUGUGCGCUUCCUGUCGGGGAGCAACCCCCACGGCACCAGCCAGCACAGCUCCCAGGUGGGGCCCACUGCAACCCAAGCUAUGCAAGAGUUCCUGACCAGGCUCCAAGUGCACCUUUCCUCCACGUGUCCCCAGAUGUUCAGCGGGUUCCUGCUUGAGCUUAUGCACAUUCUGUCCAUGGAGAGGGGACCCUUCCUGUCAGGCCAGGGCCCACUGGACGCCCAGGUCAAGUUGCUGGAGUUCACACUGGAGCAGAGCUUCGAGUCUGUGUCGGUUGGCACCAUAAUGUCAGUCAUCGAGUCCAUCACCUUCCUGGUGCACCACUACAUCACCUGUUCCGACAAGGUGGUGUCGCGCAGCGGCUCCGACAGCUCCGUGGGCGCCCGCGCCUGCUUCGGUGGGCUCUUCGCCAACAUCAUCCGGCCUGGCGACGCCAAGGCCGUCUGCGGCGAGACCACGCGCGACCAGCUCAUGUUCAACCUGCUGAAGCUGGUCAACACGCUGGUCAAGCUGCCGCUCACAGCCGACGGCAAGUUCAGCGGGCGCGUGUCCCCCGGGGGCAACGGCUCCAGCGACAGCGUCUCGGACGAGGAGAAGGUGUGCGGCAGCAAGGAGGGGGCCGGGCCGGGCGGAGCGACCCCACACCAGGGCCCCGCCGUCGGGGUUGCAGACCUUGUGCUGGGUAACCAGCAGGUCAUGAGCCAGAUCCUAUCAGCUCUGGGCCAGUGCAACAGCAGCGCCAUGGCCAUGAUCAUAGGAGCCAGCGGUCUCCACCUGACCAAGCAUGAGAACUUCCACGGUGGUCUGGAUGCCAUCUCUGUGGGCGAUGGCCUCUUCACCAUCCUCACCACCCUCAGCAAGAGGGCCACCUCAGUGCAGGUCAUGCUGCAGCCCAUCCUCACCUACAUGGCCUGCGGGUACAUGGGCCGACAGGGCUCUCUGUCCACAUGCCAGCUGUCUGAGCCUCUCCUCUGGUUCAUCCUGAGGGUGCUGGACACCAGUGAGGCCCUCAAGGCCUUCCAUGACAUGGGUGGUGUUCAGCUGAUCUGCAACAACAUGGUGACGAGUACACGGGCGAUCGUGAACACAGCGCGCAGCAUGGUCUCCACCAUCAUGAAGUUCCUGGACUCGAGCCCCGGCAAGGCGGCCGAUGGCAGCCUGAAGGCCCGCGUGCUGGCCUCAGAGCCCGACAAUGCAGAGGGCCUGCACAACUUUGCUCCGCUUGGCACCAUAACCUCCAGCAGCCCCACGGCACAGCCGGCGGAGGUGCUGCUCCAGGCCACGCCCCCGCACCGCAGAGCGCGCUCAGCUGCCUGGUCCUACAUCUUCCUGCCGGAGGAGGCCUGGUGUGACCUCACCAUCCACCUCCCCGCUGCAGUGCUGCUCAAGGAGGUCCACAUCCAGCCGCAUCUGGCCUCGCUAGCCACCUGCCCGUCGUCCGUGUCGGUGGAGAUCAGUGCCGAUGGCGUCAACAUGCUGCCACUGUCCACGCCAAUCAUCACCAGUGGUCUGACCUACAUUAAGAUCCAGCUGGUGAAAGCAGAGGUGGCGUCGGCCGUGUGCCUGCGACUGCACAGGCCUCGCGAUGCCAGCACACUCGGCCUCUCCCAGAUCAAGCUGCUUGGCCUCACCGCCUUCGGCAACACUUCCUCCGCCACCGUCAACAACCCCUUCCUGCCCUCCGAGGACCAAGUGUCUAAGACCAGUAUUGGCUGGCUGCGUCUCCUGCACCACUGCCUGACGCACGUGAGUGACCUGGAGGCUCUGAUGGCAAGUGCGGCCGCUCCCACGGCCAACCUCCUGCAGACGUGCGCCGCGCUGCUCAUGUCGCCCUACUGCGGCAUGCAUUCGCCCAACAUCGAGGCCGUGCUGGUCAAGAUCGGCCUGCAGUCCACCGCCAUUGGCCUCAAGCUCAUCGACAUCCUGCUGCGCAACUGCGCCGCCUCCGGGACCGACCCCAACAAUCUGAACAGCCCCCUGCUCUUUGGGAGGCUCAACGGCCUCUCUUCCGACUCCACCAUCGACAUCCUCUACCAGCUGGGCACCACCCAGGACCCUGGCACCAAAGACAGGGUCCAGGCUCUCCUGCAGUGGGUGCACGACUCCGCCUGCGUGGCGGCCAUGAAGAGGAGCGCUCCGCUAGGCUACAUGGGCCCGAGCACCUCCUCGCCCCGGGAGUACGGCCUGCUCAUGCCCUCGCCCUCACACCUCCACUGCGUGGCGGCCAUCUUGUGGCACAGCUACGAGCUGCCGGUGGACUACGACCUGCCCGCGCUGCUCAACCGCGAGCUGUUUGAGCUGUUGUAUAACUGGUCCAUGUCCUUGGCCUGUAACCUGGUCCUGAAGAAGGCGGUCGACAGCCUGCUGUGCUCCAUGUGCCACGUCCACCCCAACUACUUCUCUCUUCUCAUGUCCUGGAUGGGCGUGGUGCCCGCCCCGGCCGCCCAGUCCCAGACACGCCACCGCCUCUCUCUCACCGACGACGGCAAAAAGCAGCACGAUGCAGCGGCCGCGGCCACGAGCUCGGCGUCACACGGCGGCGGGGGCCUGACGGACGAUUCGAAGCACGCGCGCUCCCCGCCCGCCCUGUCCGAGUCGCAGCUGGCCACCCUGGCAGCCGCCUCACAGUCGCCCGGUGCCAUCCAGCAGCUGCUGGACUCUGGGUUGCCCUCGCUCCUGGUGCGUAGCCUGGCUAACCUCUGCUGCAACCUGCUGGCCAGCGCCGACCUCCCCUUACCCGGCUCCGUUUCCUCUUCCUCGCCAUCCUCAUCCUCCGCCGCUUCCUCAUCUUCGUCAUCACAAGCCGAGCGACGGCAGCAGCACCACCACCACCACAACUACCACAACUUUCCUUCCACGUCCUCCUCUUCGUCGUCGUCUUCUUCAUCCUCCUCACCACCGCCGGUGAGUCGAGCCACGCUCUCCCCGGAACUGGCGGCACCAGUGCUGCGCUUCCUGACGGAGGUGGGCAACAGCCACGCCAUGAAGGACUGGCUGGGCGGCCCGGAGGUCAACCCGCUGUGGACGGCGCUGCUCUUCCUGCUCUGCCACUCCAGUGCCAGCGCUGGCAGCAUCAGCAUGAGCCACAGCAACGGCCCUAGCAACAGCAGCAGCAACGGGCAGGCGGGGGCGGGGGCGUCAUCGUCAGCAUCAUCGGCUGGGGCGUCCGCAGCCGGUCCGUCAUCACUAUCAUCCCCCUCUUCCUCCUCCGCUGGAUCCUCGGUUCCCCCUCUCUCCUCCCCAGUGCAGACUCCGGGUUUGCGGUAUUCUCUGGGCCCAGUCAGGCGGACGGGUGGCCUCACCACCCAGCAGCGCACCAGCAUCGAGAACGCCACAGUGGCAUUCUUCCUGCAGUGCAUCUCCUGCCACCCCAACAACCAGCGCCUCAUGGCACAGGUCCUGUGUGAGCUUUUCCAGUCAGCCCCUCAGCGCGGCAACGUGCCCAUCUCUGGGAACAUCUCGGGCUUCAUCCGCAGGCUCUUCCUGCAGCUCAUGCUGGAGGAUGAGAAGGUCACCGUCUUCCUGCAGUCGCCCUGUCCGCUGUAUAAGGGACGCAUCAACGCCACCAGCCAUGUGAUCCAGCACCCCAUGUAUGGGGCAGGGCACAAGUACCGCACCCUGAACCUGCCCAUCUCAACCACCCUGGCUGACGUCCUGGACCGUGUCUCAGACACUCCUAGCAUCACAGCCAAGCUGAUCAGUGAGCAGAAGGAGGACAAGGAGAAGAAGAACCACGAGGAGAAGGAGAAGAUGAAGGCUGACAACGGUUUCCAGGACAACUACAGUGUUGUCGUAGCCUCAGGUCUGAAGUCUCAGUCCAAGAGGGCCCUGUCCACACCUCCACGGCCUCCGUCUCGGCGGGGUCGGGUGAUGAGUGACAAGAUGUCUGCCUCCUCUGGCGUAGACCCUACUGCCAAAACCGUCAGUGUGCCUGUCUUCCACCUCUACCACAAGCUGCUCCCAGGUCAGCCCCUGCCUGGGGAGAUGACUCUGGCCCAGCUGCUGACCCUCCUGUAUGACCGCAAGCUGCCGCAGGGUUACCGCUCCAUCGACAUGACCGUCAAGCUCGGCUCCAAGCUCAUCGCUGACCCGGGCCUCUCUAAGACAGACUCCUUCAAGCGGCUACGGACAGAAAAAGAGCACGGCGAGAUGCUGAGCAGCUGUCCCGAGGACGAGCCCAUGACGCCGGGAGAGGAGGGUUUGGACGCAGCCAUCGACGAGUCCCUGCUGGAGACCAACCCCAUCCAGUCCCCGCUGCAGGUGUUUGCCGGCAUGGGGGGCCUGGCGCUGAUCGCAGAGAGGCUGCCCAUGCUCUACCCUGACGUCAUCCAGCAGGUGAGCGCCCCGGUCGUGGCUUCCAGCACCCAGGAGAAGCCAAAGGACAGCGACCAGUUUGAGUGGGUGACCAUUGAGCAGUCGGGCGAGCUGGUUUACGAGGCACCGGAGACCAUCGCCGCCGAGCCGCCCCCCAUCAAGUCGCCGGUGCAGACCAUGUCGCCCAUCCCAGCCCACUCGCUGGCCGCCUUCGGCCUCUUCCUGCGCCUGCCCGGCUACGCCGAGGUGCUGCUCAAGGAACGCAAGCAUGCCCAGUGUCUGCUGCGCCUCGUGCUGGGUGUGACGGACGACGGAGAGGGCAGCCACAUCCUGCAGUCUCCCUCGGCCAACGUGCUGCCCACGCUGCCCUUCCACGUGCUGCGCGCCCUCUUCAGCUCCACGCCGCUCACCACGGACGACGGGCUGCUGCUGCGCCGCAUGGCCCUGGAGAUCGGCGCCAUCCACCUCAUCCUAGCCUGCCUGUCGGCCCUCAGCCACCACGCGCCGCGGGUGCCCACCACCAACGGCAGCCAGAGCGAGCCACAGGUGGUAUCUGGCCACGCUGGAGGCACUAGUGAGGAACAGCAGCUGUACUGGGCCAAGGGCACGGGCUUCGGCACCGGCUCCACCGCCUCGGGCUGGGACGUGGAGCAGGCCCUCACCAAACAGCGCCUGGAGGAGGAGCACGUUACCUGCCUACUGCAGGUUCUGGCCAGCUACAUAAACCCAGCAGGGUGCCUGAGCCACGGGGAGGCCCCCAGCAGCGAGACUCGAGGCCACAACAGCGCCGCCCUCCCCUCUGUCCUGCAGGAGCUGCUCAGCCAGUCCUGCCUCAUCCCCGCCAUGUCCUCCUACCUGCGAAACGACUCCGUGCUGGACAUGGCUCGUCACGUGCCGCUGUACCGGGCGCUGCUGGAGCUGCUGCGGGCCAUCUCCACCUGCACGUCCCUGGUGCCGCUGCUGCUGCCGCUGUCGGGCGACCCGGGCGAGGAGGAGGAGGAAGAGCACUCCGAGUGCCAGACCUCGGUGGGCAUGCUGCUGGCCAAGAUGAAGACCUGCGUGGACACGUACACCAACCGCCUCAGGUCAAAGAAAGACAAGAGUAAAGGAGUGGUGAAGGCUGAGCCGUCUGACCCCGAGCCGGAGGGUCUGUCCCUGCUGGUGCCCGACAUCCAGAGGACCGCCGAGAUCGUGUACGCCGCCACCACCAGCCUGCGGCAGGCCAACCAAGAAAAGAAACUGGCCGAGUGCUCGAAGAAGACGUCCACCAGGCCCAAGCCCAUGUCUGUGAUGCGCUCUUUGGAGGAGAAGUAUGUGGCAGCCAUGAAGAAGCUCCAGUUUGAUACGUUUGAAAUGGUUACCGAGGAUGAGGACGGUAAGCUGGUGUUUAAGGUGAACUACCACUACAUGUCUCAGGUGAAGAACGCCAGCGAUGCCAACAGCGCUGCCCGGGCACGCCGGCUGGCCCAGGAGGCCGUCACCCUCUCCACCUCCCUGCCCCUCUCCUCCUCCUCCUCUGUCUUCGUCCGCUGCGACGAGGAGCGCCUCGAUAUCAUGAAGGUCCUGAUUACUGGUCCGGCAGACACCCCAUAUGCAAACGGCUGUUUUGAGUUUGACGUGUACUUCCCCCAGGACUACCCCAACUCCCCCCCUCUGGUCAACCUGGAGACCACCGGGGGCCACAGCGUGCGCUUCAACCCAAACCUCUAUAAUGACGGCAAAGUGUGUUUAAGUAUCCUUAACACCUGGCAUGGUCGACCAGAGGAGAAGUGGAAUCCACAAACCUCUAGCUUUUUACAGGUGCUAGUGUCCGUUCAGUCCCUGAUUCUGGUGGCGGAGCCGUACUUUAACGAGCCAGGCUACGAGCGCUCGAGGGGCACGCCCAGCGGCACACAGAGCUCCCGCGAGUACGACGGAAACAUCCGGCAGGCCACCGUCAAGUGGGCCAUGCUGGAACAGAUGAGGAACCCCUCGCCCUGCUUCAAGGAGGUGAUCCAUAAGCACUUCUACCUGAAGCGUGUUGAGAUCAUGGGCCAGUGUGAGGAGUGGAUCACAGACAUUCAGCAGUACAGCAGCGACAAGAGAGUGGGCCGCACCAUGUCCCACCACGCUGCAGCGCUCAAGAGGCACACAGCCCAGCUGAGGGAGGAACUGCUGAAGCUGCCCUGCCCAGACGGCCUGGAGCCCGAUGGGGAGGAGUUCUCUGAUAAAAGCCCUGCCCUCAUGGUCAAGGAGCUACCCAAUCAGGAUGGGGAGAAACCGGGCGGCAGCCAGGACACUCACUGCAGCGAGGGACAGCUAUGAGGCUCUUAAAAAGCCUCUCUCGUCGGGUCCCCUGCCCGCCCCUGCCCCACCUUUGCCCACUCUUCCUCCUCCUCCUCCUCCUCCUCCUCACACGACUAUUACCCUUGAUAUUAAAUAGACUGUUCAUGGCAGUGAAAGCCUGGAUUUUGUCAAUAUUUGUAUGUAAGAAUCUAAUUAUGUAAUAGCUGAAAAAAAACAGAGGACGACCUGAAAAGCAAGCAAGCAAGCUGAGACCAGAGGAGAAAAAAAAAAAAAGAAACAACUGCUUCUAAACCCCCCACCCCCCCACCCCCAGGAGACAGAACUGCUUCAAUAUGCCCCGUAAAGAAAAAACAAGACAUCACAGACAAACAAGCUUUUAUUUACGUGUAAAGGAGUGUAAACUUUUAUGUGUUUUUUUUUUUUUUUUUUUUUUUUUUUCUCUUCUGUUUUCUUUAUUUUCUUUUUUCAAUUGUGAAAUAACCACUGACUGGUAUAUGUUAUUAAACUUGUUUAUGUAUACAUAAUGACAGAGGAAAUCAGAGUAUAUGAGGGAACUACCUUUAGAUGAGAAUGUUUACUGAAUGUUAAUUUUCCAUUUGUUUUAUUGUUUUCUUUUUCUUUCUUUUUUCUUUUUGUGUUUUCCUGACUGUUAGCAAGGACGGUAACCAAGGAUAUACUGGUCAUUUACUAUACUAUUUAAAAAAAAAAAAAGAGAGAUAAGACACCCACCCAACACCUCCCCUCCCCUCAUAAAUUUGAGGGUUCUUCUGAUUUCCCCAUUGACAUCGCUUAUUUGGUUUAUACAGACAACCUGUAAACUUCAAUAAAGGCUGAAAUGGAUAUUCUUAACCGCUA